CCUCAUCAUCAACCCUCCAACUCGAUUAUUACAUCACGCAGCAAACAACUUAUAGCACCUCCGAAAAUGUUGGAAGCCUUCGAGAUUCUUGACGCCUCCGGCUUAGUCCUUUGGUCAAAGUCGUACGCCCCCGUUGGCGCCCACGUGGUCAACAGCCUUAUCAAUGAUGUUUUCAUCGAGGAGAAAUCCCAGCUGCAAGGGCCAAACAACACAUCGCCGGCAUUCAGAAAGGAGAAGUAUACUUUAAAAUGGAAGAGGGUCAAAGAGUUCAAUCUUAUCUUUGUGGCCGUUUACCAGUCACUCCUACAACUGGGCUGGAUCGACAAACUCCUCGACAAUAUCGCUACCCUGUAUAUUGACUUGUACAAAGAUCAACUGCGAAGCGCUCGCGCAAGGGUGAUAGAAUAUCCCUUUGACAAAUACUUUGACCAACAAGUGCGAGAACUUGAGGGCAGCUCGGGGCCUGUCGCAUCGGAGAGUCAUGUGGCGAAUGCGGUUGUCAAGAAAGAUCCGCUUGUUUCGUCUGACAAUGGGGGCCCACCACCACCAUCGGUCCCUGGCCUUCUUAAAGCGCAGCAACAAGCUGCGCUCGGCGUGGUCACCUCAGACGAGGGUACGCCACCCCAGACUCCAGAUACAUCAAGGUCGACAACGCCCGUUGCCGGCCACCUCCUUGCCGCCAAGCUAGGCCCCGGAGGCCGUAUGUCGCGCCGCGGACGCAAGGCCGCUAAUUCCAGCGCCAAUGCCUCAUCCGGGGAUGAGAAGGGUCGGAAGGAAAGGACACCGAAGAGUGGGAAGAAGAUGCGUCGGUGGGAUGCGGAUGGUUUCGCCGAUGAAGACGAUGGUCGCAUCCUGGACUACUCGGCUCCGGCCGACGGUGAGGAGGUACAGGUGCCGGCGGUGGAGGCUGUCUCUGAAGAAUCCUGGGGCCGGAGAACUGGUAAAGGCCAGUUCGUGCUUAAGGAUCUCGGAGACGAAGUCCACUCGAUUCUUGAGAGUGCGGAGAGCGCGAAAUCUAAGGAAGCUGCUUCUUCCGGUCUCGUUGGCUCGGGCUUCAAUGCCAUCGGUGGCCUCCUACGCAACAUUGUCGGCGGUAAAGUUUUGACGGAAGCUGAUCUGGACAAGCCUUUGAAGACCAUGGAAGAUCAUCUCCUGAAGAAGAACGUUGCGCGGGAAGCGGCAGUCCGGCUUUGCGACGGUGUCAAGCGGGAGCUCAUCGGGAAGAAGACGGGCAACUUCCAAAGUGUAGAUGCAGCCCUGCGUUUGGCCAUGGAAUCCUCUCUACGGAAGAUCCUGACACCAACCUCCUCUCUCGACCUUCUUCGUGAGAUUGAUGCCGUCACAUCACCUACGGCCAAGCUAGCCACUCCCCGCCCAUAUGUCAUUUCCAUUGUUGGGGUCAAUGGUGUUGGAAAAUCCACCAACCUUGGAAAGAUUUGUUACUUCUUGCUGCAGAACAACUAUCGUGUUCUGAUCGCGGCCUGUGACACUUUCCGGUCCGGAGCAGUGGAGCAGCUCCGUGUUCAUGCCCGAAAUCUCAAGGAACUCAGCCAGCGUGAGAAUGCCGGUGAAGUGGAACUGUACGAGAAGGGUUACGGCAAGGACGCAGCGAACGUGGCCAAGGAUGCCGUAGAAUACGGUGCAGCCAACAAUUUCGAUGUUGUUUUGAUCGAUACCGCCGGUCGUCGUCACAACGACCAACGUCUGAUGUCCUCUUUGGAAAAAUUCGCCAAGUUUGCUAAGCCCGAUAAGAUUUUCAUGGUUGGUGAGGCGCUCGUCGGUACGGACAGCGUCAUGCAGGCUCGCAACUUCAACCAGGCCUUUGGCACGGGAAGAAACCUUGACGGCUUCAUUAUCAGUAAAUGCGAUACUGUUGGUGACAUGGUGGGCACUCUUGUCAGCAUGGUUCAUGCGACGGGCAUUCCCAUCGUUUUCCUGGGUGUGGGCCAGCACUAUGGUGAUUUGCGAGGACUUAGUGUUCCUUGGGCUGUCAAUUUGCUGAUGAAGUGAUUUAUUAUGCGAGUUGCAUUAUACCGCUCGGAUGAUAUUAUUAUGGCUACUUUUUUUUUGAAUGAUUAUGGUUCCAAAUUUAGGACACCAAUGCUCUCAGAGUAUGCACUUAUGCCUUUGCAAGGCCUUCUCCGAAAC